AUGGCUUCCACCAUCAAAAGAGUUCACAUGAUUACCCAAAUUGUGAGGCUCAAACAAGUUGUCAAACGCUGGAAAAACAACUCCCUUCGCCCCCGCUCCUCAGUCCUCUCUUAUUCCUCCUCCGAUUCAGACGAACCGGCUCAACCCGGUUUAAAUCGCCGCACACCUUCCGGUUCAUUGGCAGUCUACGUGGGCCCAGAGCGCCGACGGUUCGUGAUACCGACCCGGUUCUUGAAUCUCCCGGUCUUUAUCUCACUCCUCGACAAGGCGGAGGAGGAGUUCGGGUUCCAGCCCAGUGGCGGGUUGGUUUUACCCUUUGAAGUUGAGUUUUUUUCGGAAAUCUUGAGGCUGCUUGAAAUGGAUGAGCAGAAAUUCGGACAUUAUGGGUUGGAUGAGAUUGUCAUGGUGAUUUCUGAAGUGGGUUUUGAAUCUUUAGAUCAGUCUUGUAAAGAAGCGACUUCUCAUGGUUUUGCUCCUCUGCUUCAGAAUGCUAGGGUUUGA